AAAUAUAUGUAACUGUUGAUCUCACUCACCGACCUUCCUUUCCACUUUAAAAGAAAACUAAUAUCUCCCUUUCUCUCUCAAAUAGCAUCUCUCUGAUCUUUUGAGAUCUGUUGAUAUCAAAACAACUUGUAAAGAUUCUGCUUUUGGUUAGUACGAAAAUGGAGUCUUAUGAAGAUGAUCAGAAGCAGCAAGCUUUGGAGCACAAAUAUGAUUGCCUCCUUUUUGAUAUUGAUGAUACCCUUUAUCCACAAGGUUCUGGUUUAUCAGUUCAUGUUACCCAAAAUAUUCAAGAAUAUAUGAUUAAAAAGCUUGGCAUUGAGGAAAGUAAAGCUCCGGAGUUGUGUGUUUCAUUGUACAAGUAUUAUGGGACGACCAUGGCUGGACUCAGGGCUAUUGGGCAUAAAUUUGACUAUGAUGACUUCCACAGUUUUGUUCAUGGAAGAUUGCCCUAUCAGAUGCUUAAACCCGACCCUGUCCUGAGGAAUAUCCUACUUAAUGUGCCUGUUCGUAAAGUUGUCUUUACCAAUGCUGAUAAGGCUCAUGCAAGUCGAGUCCUUAGCAGGCUUGGAUUGGAGGAUUGUUUUGAAAGGAUCAUAUGCUUCGAGACUUUGAAUGAUGUGGCUAAUAAAGGAAAUGAUCCUGUUGAUGGAGACGACCAAGAGUUUUUUGACAUCGAUGAAUAUACUACCUGUCCUGAUGCAGAUCUUGUACUUCCAAGGACCCCCGUAGUCUGCAAACCUUUUGAGGAAGCAUUUGAGCAGGUUUUUAAGAUUGCCAGCAUCAACCCUCGAAAGACGUUGUUCUUUGAUGAUAGCAUCCGUAACUUACAGACUGGAAAAGGAUUGGGUCUCCACACUGUUUGGGUAGGCUCUUCUCAUCGAAUUGAAGGUGUGGACUGUGCGUUAGAGAGUCUUCAUAAUAUCAAGGAAGCACUGCCAGAACUCUGGGAAGCCAAUGAUAAGUCUGAAGGCAUCAAGUAUUCCAAGAAGGUUGCAAUUGAGACACCUGUGGAAGCUUAGCUAAUUAUUAUUUUACUACUAUUAUUGUAUUUCUCACCGGCACUUUUCCAUUACCAUCUCUGUAUCAUGUAAUCAGGUGGGGCCGAACAUCUAAAUGUUAUUACGUUCUAAUUAUAAUGAUUAGUUAAUUGAAAUAAGAAGCUACUCUGCUAGUUCUGAUUAUCUAAUAAAGGAGAUGAGAAUCAUCUGCAUCA